AUGUAUCCACAGGUUGCGCCCGUCACCGUCGCUGCCAUGCUGCUGCCCGUAGAUACCAUUGGACGCAAUAGUCAUCAGUCGCGCCCGUCACCACCGCCAAUUAUCGUUCUUAACGCCGCCACCCACCACCACCAUACACAAACCUACUCGCCAAACAACACACCCUCCGCUGACGAAACAACCAUUGCCUUGCCCGCUGACCAUACCAAGCCCUUCGCUAUUCACCACGCCCUUGCGCCCCAUGGGCAUCCCAACCAAUCUACCCCCUCAACGCCAAUAUCACAUCCUCAUUUCAUUCUUCAAUUGUUCGCGCAAACUGCCCGACACGUUUACAACACCGCAGCCCAGCCCACCGCUUUCAACCCGGCCAGCAACAUUCAACCGCCUGCAAGCCAACGAGCCGUCUCUUGCCCAUACCGGUCAAGCCCAGCCCCAGCAGUCCAAUCAUCACCCAGGCAAAUUACUACUGUCCAGCGCCACCAUACGCACCUUUUUACCUCCGCAUGGCCAUCCAAACCAGCCCAGCCAGGCACCACGCCAAGAUCGGUCGUAACCAACCUCGAAACCCUACAGCAGAAUCUCCACCAGAUGCACACCGUCGAUGAGACCAACCCUACAACCUUCUCAGCAAAGAAACCCGAUAAUGUGACCGAUGAGACUCCACCAUCAACGUCGCAAUCGCCGACACCCCACCCUACAGUAUAUAAGAAAGCAACCAUAAUUAAAAACCCGCCGACAACUUCUGCGAAAGGCAAGCAAAAGCUAAUUGAAGAGUCAGAUCAAGAAUCGGACAAAGCGAGCAACAAAGACGACGAAACCAAUGAAGACGCAAAUGACAAACCAGACACCUUGGCUCCAGCCAAAAAGGGUCGUCCCCGUAAGGAGAUUCUUCGCGACGCUGCGAAAUGUAUGAAGAAGUUCUGA